AUGGAGGGUGUUCCACCUGAUUUGGAACCUGAUGUAAUAAUGCGAAAAAAAGGAAAAAAUGCAAAGUUGAAAAAAAAGCUCAAACCCGUUCUGGAUAAUGAACCCAAUCAAUUGAAUGUUCCAUUGAAAGCUAAAUCGGUCACUACACUUGUUAACAAAUUCGAAUCUGAAGCUAAUUUGAUUGAAAGGAAAAAUUCAGUGGAGCUUAAAGUCGAAGGUUCAACUGGUAAAAUUGAUACUAGCGAGAAUGAGAUUGCGAAGUUGUCAACAGGUUCCGAAGUUGAUGCUAUGGCUCCUUUAAUGGCUCCGUUGGUAAAUUACAUUACGAUCAAGAAGGAAGAAGUUUCAAUUGAUGAUUCGAGCUCCCCUGUUUUUGAAAUUUGA